AUGCAUGAACACUCGCUGUUCGCCGCCGUGCCCGCCGCCCAGCACCAUGUCCUGCUGCAGCAGCUGGCCGGCGUCACGGCCAUGCAGCCGGCGCCGGUCUACGAGCGUCGUCUCAUCUUCCGGCCGCACAAGGCGCCCGGCUACCUGAAGCCGCGCCUCGGCGCUACCCAGGACGUCCAGGCCACCGAGAUCCAGAAGCUGAACCGCAUGCUGAACGCCCGCCUGUUCUACGUGCAGGCCGUGGGCGAUGUCGCGGAGGCCGAUUUUGGCAGCGGUGAUGAUGUCGCGAUGGGCGGAGCGGGGCUGGACGGCCCGCGUCAGGACCGGUAUGAUGUCGCCGACCAGUCGUGGAGGAUCGAGUUUCGAGAUAUCCCGGAUGCGGGGACCUCCGCAGUGACGUCGAGGCUGAUGUGCACCGCGAAGAUACCCUACGGCGAUAUCGUGCCUAUCAUGAAGGCCUGGGGCUACGACUAUGUCUCAGAGCACGUCUUGGAAGGCAGCCUGUUCGUCCUCGAUGACACCGUGCUGCUGCUGCACCGCAUCCUGACCUUCCCACCCGACGACAGUGCAAAGCGCGCGCCGGCUCGCCGUCUUCCCGGUCUCCAGACCCUGCUUCCUCUCGACAAAAGCGGCGGGUUUGUAUUGCAAGCGUCGAUUAUCGUGCAGGACAGCGUCAACCGGGACAUGAUGGACACGGCGUCGCAGCGGCUGCUGAGGCUGAAAGAACAGCUCAAGUCGGCGGUGAAGCUGGAGCCGGCCGAUCGUCUUGCUCUGGAUACGAAGGUGAAAUGA